AUGGCUCGCUGGGGGAUCCUGUGCCUUGCCUUGUGCUGCUACCUCGGGGCAGCAAGGGCAGCAUCCCUGGGUGUGGUGCUCACCGAGGGAGGCUUUGUGGAAGGUGAGAACAAAAGGUUGGGACUCUUUGGGGGCUAUGUCGACAUCUUCAAAGGGAUCCCCUUUGCUGCUCCUACAAAGACUCUGGAAGACCCUCAGCCUCAUCCUGGCUGGGAAGGAACACUGAAGGCAAAGAAGUUCAAGGAUCGUUGCCUGCAGUCGACACUGAGACAGACUGAUGUCCGUGGGAGUGAGGACUGUCUCUACCUGAACAUCUGGAUCCCUCAAGGGAGGAAGGAGAUCUCUACCAAAAUGCCAGUGAUGGUCUGGAUCUAUGGUGGUGCCUUCCUUGCUGGAGGGAGCCAGGGACCCAACAUCCUUAAUAACUACCUCUAUGAUGGAGAGGAGCUCGCCGUGAGGGGCAACGUCAUCGUGGUGACCAUCAGCUACCGCGUGGGGCCCUUGGGCUUCCUGAGCACUGGAGAUGAAAACAUGCCAGGGAACUACGGGCUGAAGGACCAGCACAUGGCUAUUGCCUGGGUGAAGAGGAACAUCAAAGCCUUCGGAGGUGACCCAGAUAACAUCACAAUCUUUGGGGAGUCAGCUGGUGGUGCCAGUGUCUCCCUGCAGAUGCUGAGCCCAAAGAACAAAGGUCUGUUCAGGAGAGCCAUCAGCCAGAGUGGUGCUGCUCUCAGCAGCUGGGCCAUCCAAAACGACCCUCUUGCCGCAGCUAAACAGAUUGGGGAGAAGGUUGGCUGCCUCGCAGACAACAGCACCGUCCUGGCUCAAUGCCUGCGUCGCUCCAGCCCCGUGGCUCUGACCAGGGCCUACCACCUGGAUGUGGCGAACAUGGAUACUCCUGUGGUUCACAGCCUUACCAUGAGUCCCGUUGUUGAUGGAGACUUCCUCCCAGACCUGCCAGAGAAUCUCUUUGCCAACGCUGCUGACAUUGACUACCUUGCUGGGGUCAAUAACAUGGAUGGACACCUCUUUGCUGGCAUGGACAUACCUGCCAUCAACCGCCCGCUUGUGACAGUCACUAAAGAUCAGGUCUUCGAACUGAUCAAAGGAUUUACUUAUGAGAGAGGUGAGGCAGGAGCCAACCUGACAUACGACAUCUACACUCAAGACUGGGGUGACAAACCAAGCAAGGCAACUGUGAAGAAGACAGUGGUGGACCUGACUACUGACUACAUCUUCCUGGUUCCCACACAGAUGGCACUGCAUCUGCACUCGAAGAAUGCCCGGAACGCCAAGACUUACAGCUACUUGUUCACCCAGCCCUCCCGCAUGCCUGUCUACCCAAGCUGGGUGGGGGCAGACCAUGCUGAUGACCUGCAGUAUGUGUUUGGGAAACCCUUCACCACCCCCUUGGGAUACAGGCCCAAGGACAGGACUGUCUCAAAGGCCAUGAUUGCCUACUGGAGCAACUUUGCUAGGACAGGCAAUCCCAACAAAGGCGAGUUCAAGGUGCCUGUCAACUGGCCCCCCUACAGUGAAGAGGGCUCUUACUACCUGGAAAUCAACAACAAGAUUGGCAAGAACUCCGUGAAGCAGAACCUGAGAGCCAAGUUUGUGGAAUUCUGGGACUCAGUCUACCAGCGUCUGCCUCUGGUUGAUGGCAUCACUCCACCCUGAUGUGAAGGACCUGA